AGAGAGAUGGAGUUUGUUGGUUGGGCUGUGAAGAUAGUGGAGUCAGUGCUGUGAGGAGCUGAACAUGAGAAAUCACUGAGAAGCCCUCAGCGAUGGCAGAGAGCUCAGCCGUGACCGCAGCAGUGCCAGAGAGAGCAGCACCCACCAAGCUGGAGGAGCUCCUGGAGAUCACCGCCCAGAGCCUGGUGCGCACCGAGGUGGCUGAGCACUAUGAGGUUGUUCGGGAGCUGGGCAGGGGCAAGUAUGGCCAUGUGAUGCUAGUGACCCACAGGCAGAGAGGGACUCCUAUGGCUCUCAAGCUGCUACCCAAAGCCAGUACCAAGCUGCACACCUUCCUGUAUGAGUAUUGUGUAGCACUGUCCCUCGCCACCCACCCUGCCAUCAUCGGCAUGUUCGGAAUUGCCAUUGAGUCCAGCCAGUACUAUGGCUUCCUCUAUGAACCAGCGCUGCACAAAGACCUCAUCUCUAUCAUCAAACCCCGCGAUGGGAUCCCUGAGCUGGCCGCAAAGCAGUGUGCCAAGCAGCUGGUGAGCGCGCUGGAGUUCAUCCACAGCCGUGGGCUGGUGUACCGUGACAUCAAGCCCGAGAACGUGCUGCUUUUUGAUCCCGACUGCCGGCUCGUCAAACUCACUGACUUCGGCCUCACGAGGCCCAAGGGCACCAAGCUCAAGCUGGUGGCCGGGGUAAUCCCCUACACCGCCCCCGAGCUGAGCAACACUGCUGAUGCCCAGGGGGUGCCCAUCGACACCAGCAUGGAUGCCUGGGCCUUUGGGGUGCUGCUUUUCUGCCUGCUCACCGGCUACUUCCCCUGGGAGCAGAGCCUGCCAGAGGACCCUUUCUUUGAGGACUUCAUGCAGUGGCAGGAGACAGGCCUGGAGAAGGACGUGCCCCGGCACUGGAGGCGCCUGACGGCCGAGGCUGCCGGCAUGCUGCGGAGCCUGCUGGCUCUGGAUCCCGCCAAGCGCGGCCCUGUCAGCGCCGUGCUGCGCUACGUUGGCUGCCCUUGGCGGCAGGAGGACGGACGUGGUGAGGAGGCUGCCAUGAAGUCCUAGGGCAGUCCUAGGGCCUGCUCCCCACGGCAGGAAGGAGGGAAGGAGCCUGCAAGGGGCUUCAGAGUUUGGGCACCAUGGUGGCUUGGGUGUGAGAGGCCGUGGUGGCCCAGAGAGCAACUUCUCUGCUGCACUGUCCCUGCUGCCACAGAGCCAAGCUCCUUCCCCAGUGGAUGGCCCUCACCCCAGGACUCAGUGUUGCCCAGUGCAGCCUCCUUGUGGCUUGGAAGCAUCUUUCUCUUGGAAAUGACUGUGUGAAGCAUCCCCCUGUUUCCUAGCCACAGGAACUCCAGGGAGUUAUUUAGGCUGCAGCACCUGCUGUGCCUCAAAACAGAGCAAAAUAUGUACUUUGUGUUUCUGUAUGUUGCUCGUUUUCCCUCACAAUAAAUGCCUGUUGGGACCCACUUGCUGUUGGAAA